AUGACGAAUAGAGAAAAAGUAAGAAGUUUUUUCGAUAGUAUCGAUCGGAUAACAGCUUUGGAUUACAAACCGAAUGAGCAAGAUAUAUUGUUAACAAGAACAAAAACGACUGGAAUUGUGGAAGUUCAUUUUACUAUUAAAAAUAUUCCAUUCAGAGUAUUUGAUGUGGGUGGACAACGAUCGGAAAGGAAAAAAUGGAUUCAUUGUUUUGAAGACGUCAGCGCUGUUAUAUACGUUGCGGCUAUUAGCGAAUAUGCCGAAGUUUUAUUCGAAGAUAAUACUACUAAUCGUAUGGUGGAAAGUAUGUGUUUAUUUGAAACAAUAUGCAAUAGUCGAUGGUUUUUUAAUGCUUCCAUUAUUUUAUUUUUAAACAAAAAAGAUUUGUUUAUUGAGAAACUAAAAUCGAAAUCAAUCAGGAUCGCUUUUCCUCACUACAACGGACCUCAAACAUACGAAGAUUCGAUAGCUUUCAUAACGAAAAGUUUUGAAGCCUUAAAUACCAAUCCAGAAAAGACAAUUUAUGUGCAUCAAACCUGUGCUACCGAUACCAGUCAGGUUCAAAUAAUUCUGGAUAAUGUCAUCGUUAUGGUUAUUGAAAAAAAUUUAAAGAAAGUCGGCAUGUUUUGA